GUAGCUACUCGUACCACGCGUUCGUCACUAGGUGACGGCAAAAAUAAUAGCACAAUGAGUCGUCUUCCGUGCGGACAAUUGUUGACUGGUUUCUUUAAGAAAUUUCAAUCACCUCGACUUCUUCGUCGUCGCUGCUGUCCAUUAGAUCGAUUGCUGAGUUGUUGUUGGCCGUGAGAUUAUUAUUUGAAUUCGUAUUCGUAUUCGUAUAYGUAUACGUCGCUGGCAUUCCCCGGUCCUCACACAAAGCAUUGCUUGCAUGAAUUGCGUUAUUUAAUCUAUUGUCAGGAUCGUUGUCAUUAUUCAUCCCCAAUGCUUGGUUUUGGUUCAUAAACGGAAACGGCGGCAAAAAUGAAGAUUGCAAUGGCGAUGAUACCGGCAACGGCAACAACGAUGAUGCAUCAACGCCCUCCUCUCCCCCGGCAUUCCCAUCCGUGCGCCUCCGUUUCCGUGCACCGACCGCAGCGACAGGACUCUGCUGCUGCCCAAAAGCGUUGCCAUUCCUCUCGCACUCCUCUUCGCACGGCCGGAUGCUCAGGUGAAUGAUGCGGUUGUUGAAUCUCCCAAGCCCGAGGUUGCUGAGUGAGCGUCCCCCGCUCUUAAACUCCCUCCCUAGAUGAAAUAUUCGCUGGCGCCUCACAGGGGCUUCCUCGGGUCCGAAACAUUCUUCGUCGGCCAGUAUUCGUUUCAAAUCAUUCAAUUUCGUGCUCGCUGUCGAAAUCGACACCUGCAAUCCAUUGGUGUUGUUUCGUUACGUUUCGUUCCACGUGUUCGCCGAAGCAGAGUGUUUCGAUGGAGGAAAAACAAAUCAUUAGAACUUUAUCCAUACCUCAGAAGCAAGACAAGCAAAGAYCAUAUAAUCAACGCACAGAAAAGCCAAACACCACCCACCGCGAAUCGAGCUAACAAACAAGCCUCAGUGACACGUGACGCUACGGUUUACGAACUUGCCUCUUUCGUUGCCGCAUCUGACGUCCUGACAACUGUGAAAGUUACUGGUUCUUCUUGAUUCAUUUCGCACACCAGUUCCAGUUUGAAGCCUGAUCGAUCGAAGAAAUGGGGUCAGAGAGAAUAAGUUUUCGCCAGUCGAAAGGCUUCGUGCGGUAUCGUAUUCAGUGAGAGAGGUGGGGAAGAAGAGGAAACGGAUAGAACCUCGGUUUGGUUGGCAAUGAUCAGUGAUCUUUCGUUCCUUCCGGAUGCGGUAUUCUACGCGAUCCUAGGUAGCAAGGUACGUACUCGCACKAGUAAGUACCAUGCACUUUUACAGUACAGUACUUCUACAUCAUAUGAUAGUAAGCUAGCUACGCACUCAURUGCUGUAAGGUGUCAAGCGAAGCCUGUACAGUGUAUGUAGUACAGUACAACUUGUACCGUACUGUUCGUACGAGCUAAACGAAGGUCCGAUCACGAGGACUUGCGAGGUCGCACGGAAUCCUGGAAAGCAAGCGUCAGUUACCCGUGGUCUACUCUCACAACGAUGAACUCCAACGAGUCGAUUAGUCACUGUACCCGAUACCGUCCAUACCAACUACGGUAAUUAGCCAAUCCCGUUUACAACAUUCAGAGAGAACCUUGAGAUUUUCAUUGAAACCAAUGAAAGAAACUAUUACAGUACUUUGCAACCGCUGUAUUUCCCCUUGGGUUUUCCUCCCGUGAUUCAURAAUUCGUUGACUUUGUACUUAACUACACUACGUAYAGUACGUACUUACUYACUAUCACUGCGAAAAUCAAUAUUGAGAGGAGGACCCUAUCGUAGUACCGUACGCUACGUACAGUAAUAAUUUUUGAUAUUGCGACCGAACGGUACAGAACCAUACCGGUACGUUCUCGUACGUACGAAAGAUCAAGACGAAAACCAAAAACACUCCUGUCGCGCAUGCAAUGCCGCCGGUAUUACGCUUCGCGCCAGGUCGGAAACUUUGGAACUAUGUACUAGUCAGGCUACGAGUUCCCUACGUCUCCAGUACCUCAUCGUUGUCCUUGUACCAGCCAGGGUGGAGGACGGGAACUUUGGAACGCGUUGGUUGACUCGGUGCCACACUUGAGAUACCUCCGCACGAUUGUGGUGCGAUACUCGGAGCAUCACAAACGAAGCACCCGAUAACAUUCUAGAUUUAAUUCCACGAUAUCACGUGAUAAUAUAUCUCCAACAAGUUAAGUUGGUGAAACCCGUCAUCGCUCAAGACCAUGCCGCGAGGAGCUAGAUCGGGAUCGAAGAAAGGCGGCGUAACCAAUGGACCACCGCCGUCCCUCCCCGCCGAAACGUUUCGGGAGCACCGCAAGUUUCUGAUUCGGUCCCUCGACCGCAACGAUGUCGAAAUGUCGGCUUUGAACGAACUGAACAAGACACUUCAUAAAGCCAGAGACGCGGUGUUGCAGUCGUGCGGAGAAUUGGUGCUUCUGGACCUGGGUUCGGGACGCCUGAAAUUGGUCGGCGAGCAACUGCACGAAGAACCAGAACCAGCAGACAGCGGUGCUUCCAAAACAGAGCUAGAGAAAAUCGAUUCGAAGCAGCACGACCUGACCCAAGCGCAAAAACAGAUAUGCGUCGACUUUUUGUUACGAAUGAACCUACGACGAAAGCUCUCGAACCGCCUGGUCCGAAGACUCACUCGUCUGGCCUAUGUCAUGGACGGAAAGGAUCUGUCUCCCCCRGGGCCUCCCAAAUACGGAGAUUUGCGACUCCAGAUAGACCCGAAGGCCUUGCAACUAAAGGCUGAAGAAUGGGGAAAAAAAGAAGAGGCCAAAAAGAGGAUCGAAACUGCUAUCCUUUUAGAUGUCGGGUCCCUCGAUAGAGAGAGCAGUAGCAACAUGACAAAGCAAGUGGAAAGCAUCGCAGAAAAGAAAGAGCCCUAUAAAGACGAAGCUAGUGGGAAAUCUGAAACAGAAGAGACUCGAAAUUCACCGGACGAGACGAAAUCUGGGGGAGCUUCAAAAGAAAUCGAAGCUAUGGAUUGUUCGUCUCCGACAGAAACCGAGAAGCAUCUAGAAAUUGAUUGUAGGAAAGCGCAAGAAGGGUCGGACAUUUCGAAGCAGUAUUACACGUUGCCGGCAUUGGCAAACGAGUACAACGUACUCAAAGAAUACGACACGGCUUACGAUAAACUUUUGAAUCCUUCCGACAAUUCUUUCAAAUACUUAAUUGCGAAUGAGGAACUUUCUGACCCACAGCCCGGUAAGAUUGGAGUUAGCGCGUACUUUUCCAACCCAGAAGACCUCAAAACAGAGUACAAACGAUGGCAAACAAAUAUGUCCCGUCGAAUUCCCCAGCAAUCCUCUAUAGAGGAAUUUGGAUUGAAGAAUCGAGUGUUUCACUUGGAAGAGCGCAGAAAGCGUUGCAUCGAAGCCGCUGCUAUUGACGGAGAAACCACCUGCGAAAGCCCAGUAAAGAAAAUUAAGCUCGAACAAGAGAAAGAUGGAGAGUCAAACAAUCAGACGUCACCGACGAGAAAGGAAGCCAACAAUGACGGAAGUGAGAACAUGGAAAUAGAUGAAGACGAAACAAAGGGUGGAGGAAACAGCGAUAGCGAGGACGAACAAGGAAAACAAGUGGAACGAAUUGAUCCGAUUCUAGAGGCCAUGAAAAACAAGCGGUCUAUAUCAUUUGCUCCUACUCCGUCGUUCCGUGACCAAGAUUUGUCGAGGAUCAGACUAAUUCACAAAGAUUUGUUGCAAUCGUCACAGGUCGCGCUCACAAACAAGCGCUUAAAAGUCGCCUCGGAUGAUUAUAGUAAGGGUAAGUGCGGGAGUUUGUAUAAUACGAAUGAGAUGGAGCCGUUUUUUAUUUUUGAGUUGAUUCAACUACACAUCUGUCAACUGGACAUCUGACACUCGUUUCUGGUMGCCGGCGCGGUUUUUAGCUUGUCAUUUCUCAACCCAGCUUUUCGAAGCUCGGCAAAUGGUCCAACACAAUCUUACCUUUGCAAUUGCAAAAGGGCGACAGGAGAUCGCGAAAGCACACAGUGACUACACGAUCGCCUACACCAAUGCAAAGCAACGCUGGAUCAAAGAGAAGUUUGAAUACGACAUGAAAAAGUCUCAAGCUAUCUUGCCAACGAAAUGGGGAAAUCGACCGAUUGGAACGCAAGUGAUUGGGAAAUACGUUCAGGCUAACUAUUCAAAUCUUCAUCGGGCGACUGUGGGUCAGACCCUUGCCGAUAUUGUAGAUGGAAGCAUUUUGGUUGGCGAGGGCAAGGCCAAUAUUCAACCUUUCCGCGACUUCCAACCUCCACCAGCUCCGGGUAUGAAUGCCCAGACAGGAGAGAACAUGGCACAACGUCAAACACGAGUCGAAAUGGAGUACAGGAAGCAAUACAGCGAUAUCGAUGCCAAACUUCAGAAAAGCGAAGCCGAGAGAGCACGCGCUUGGCGAAAUGUGAUGAAAGCACAGGCGGAAAAUAAUUCCGUUUGUGGUCAACGAGGGUCUAAGGUUACACUCGCCAACUACCGCAACAUUCCAGUGCCGGUCAUGCGUGCUAGCGUACAGCAAAACCGUAAGAGCCAAAUGAUGCAGCAAAGGCAAAGGACUCAGGCUACAGCUCCUGCAAAAGCGCCUGCACCCAUACCCGCGACUAGUAGUUCUACUGUUGACAUGUCCAAGUACUCUGCAGAAAAAGUCAAGCUACGAAAGGCCGCCGAUGGGUCGGUGGCGCCCGUCUCGAAACCGAAAAAGGACAAGGAUGGAUUAUACUUGCGCCCCGCUGGUAGAACGCGGAAAGGAAUGCAGUGGGAUGCGGUCAAUGGUGUGUGGAUUCCCCAGCAACAGCCAAAGUAAUCUUCGAGGGGGCUUUUGUCAAGCUGAAUUGGCGCAGCCAAUGCAACUAGUGCUACGCGGAUUUAGCGAUAAAAAGAGGCGUGGAAUCGAAUCAAAAAUUGAUUUUUCA